UUUGGAAAAUCGGAGUGUGAAAAGAAAACAGUAGUAGAAUUUCCAAACUAGUAGGAGCGAAGCCAUUCCUGUUCUGAUUAGGAAGAUUGGAGCUUUCCCGCAAUCAAACAUUUCUUUAAAACGGGAAAGAUUUUCAUUUCAGUGACUCUCUCUCUCUCUCUCUCUCUUUCUCACUCUCUUUCUCGGUCUCACUAUAAUCCCAUUCCAUUUUUCUCUUAACUUACAAAGUAACGGAAGUAUAUAAAAGUAACCGUUUCAUUUUCAAUUCAUCGACAUGUUAAAUCCCAAUCUAACACUCUCAGAGUAACCGAUCCACUACACCUCCUUCGAUCUCCGCCGUCCGAUCUCCUUCCCAUCAAUGGAGCCGGACGUCAGCAUCGAGACCAGCUGCAUGAUCCGAGUGGCGGUGCUUCCGAUCGGGGAGGUCCCACCGAGUCUCAUGCGGGACUACAUGUCCAUGCUGCUCCGCCACCAGACGAUCCCUCUCUCCGCCGUCAGCUCUUUCUACACCGAGCACCAGAAAUCGCCGUUCGCCAACCAGCCCUGGGAUUCCGGCAGCCUCCGCUUCAAGUUUGUCCUCGGCGGCGCUCCGCCUUCUCCCUGGGAAGACUUCCAGUCCAACCGCAAGAUCCUCGCCGUCAUCGGAAUCUGCCAUUGCCCUUCUUCCCCCGAUCUCGGCUACGUCAUCGACAACUUCAAUUUCGCCUGCAAGAGCUUCUCUUCUUCCCUCGCUCAGCGUUGCUUCGCUUUCUGUCCUGGAGAUUCUCAGUUGGAGGAUGAGAAUAUAAAAGGGGAAAAUCUGAGGCUGUUUCCUCCAGCGGACCAUGAGACCCAGGAAUUCCACUUGCAGACGAUGAUGCAGGACAUUGCUGCUUCGCUGUUGAUGGAGUUUGAGAAAUGGGUUCUUAAGGCUGAGUCUGCUGGAACUAUUCUCAAGACGCCUUUAGAUUCCCAAUCCAGUCUCAGCUCAGAGGAGGUUAUCAAGGCUAAGAAACGGAGGCUUGGCCGUGCACAGAAGACAAUAGGUGAUUAUUGUCUGUUGGCUGGAUCACCUGUUGAUGCCAAUGCCCAUUACUCUACUGCUCUUGAACUUUCGAGGUUGACUGGUGAUUUUUUCUGGUUAGCUGGUGCAUCGGAGGGCAGCGUUUGUGCCUUAUUGAUUGACCGAAUGGGCCAAAGGGAUCAAGUUCUGGAAGAUGAGGUUAGAUAUCGCUACAGUAGUGUCAUUGUGCAUUAUAGGAAGUCAUUUAUACAAGAGCAUGCUCAAAGAGUUUCACCCAUAACCUUUGAACUUGAGGCAACUUUGAAGUUAGCUAGGUUUCUUUGCAGAAGAGAGCUGGCUAAGGAGGUAGUAGAACUUUUGACCAGUGCUGCAGAUGGUGCAAAAUCUUUGAUUGAUGCGAGUGAUAAGCUUAUAUUAUAUGUUGAAAUAGCUCGUUUAUAUGGCACUCUUGGUUAUCAGCGGAAGGCUGCCUUCUUUUCAAGGCAGGUAGCUCAGUUAUAUUUGCAACAGGAAAAUAGACUGGCCGCUAUUAGUGCAUUGCAAGUUUUGGCAUUGACUACAAAAGCAUAUCGUGUCCAAAGUAGAGCUUCUGCCCCUGAAAAGUCUAUUGCCAAAAAGGAAACUGGAUUAAGUCAUGCUGAUAACUUGAAAAUGCUCCAUCAAUCAGUAGUCUCUCUUUUUGAGUCUCAAUGGAGUACUCUUCAGAUGGUUGUAUUAAGAGAGAUUCUGCUAUCUGCUGUCCGUGCUGGGGAUCCUCUCACUGCUUGGAGUGCAGCUGCACGUUUGCUUAGGUCCUAUUACCCUUUAAUUACGCCUGCAGGGCAAAAUGGCCUUGCUAGUGCACUUUCAAAUUCAUCUGAGAGACUGCCAUCUGGCACUCGCUGUGCUGAUCCUGCCUUACCUUUUAUAAGGUUGCAUUCCUUCCCUCUCCAUCCCUCACAAGUGGACAUUGUUAAGCGAAAUCCAGCAAGAGAAGAUUGGUGGGCAGGAUCUGCUCCUUCUGGGCCUUUUAUUUAUACGCCAUUCAGCAAAGGAGAGCCAAACAAUAUUGGCAAACAGGAAUUGAUUUGGGUUGUAGGAGAGCCAGUUCAGGUUUUGGUGGAAUUGGCAAAUCCAUGUGGCUUUGAUCUGAGAGUUGAUAGUAUUUAUCUCUCAGUGCAUUCUGAAAACUUUAAUGCUUUCCCAGUUACUGUAAAUCUACCACCUAAUUCAUCAAAAGUGAUCACCUUGUCAGGGAUCCCAACUUCUGUGGGACCACUGACAAUUCCUGGGUGCACUGUACACUGCUUUGGUGUUAUUACUGAACAUCUGUUCAAGGAUGUUGACAAUCUGCUCCUUGGAGCAAUGCAAGGACUUGUUCUCUCUGACCCUUUUCGAUGCUGCGGGUCUGGCAAGUUGAAGAAUGUAUCUGUUCCAAAUAUUUCUGUUGUACCCCCACUACCAUUGCUGGUCUCACGUGUUGUUGGAGGUGAUGGCGCAAUCAUUCUACAUGAGGGUGAAAUUCGUGAUAUUUGGAUUAGUUUGGCAAAUGCAGGCACAGUACCUGUAGAGCAGGCACAUAUUUCAUUAUCAGGAAAAAACCAAGACUCAGUUAUCUCGAUUGCAUAUGAAACGUUGAAAGCUUCCCUCCCUUUGGAGCCUGGUGCAGAAGUGGUCAUACCUGUGACCUUAAAAGCUUGGCAACUUGGCUUGAUGGAUGCUGAUAGUAUAAGCACGGUGAGGCAUGUAAAGGAUGGAAAUAGCCCUACGUUAUUGAUCCAUUAUUCUGGGCCUCAAGAAAAUCCUGGAGAUCUGCAAACUACUGAAUCUGUGGUUCCCCCUGGCAGGCGUCUGGUUGUUCCUUUGCAGAUUUGUGUUUUGCAAGGCUUGUCUUUUGUAAAGGCUCGUUUGCUUUCAAUGGAGAUUCCUGCACAUGUUGGAGAAAACCUUCCUAAACCAGUUCCUGUGGAUGAUGGCCAUAGUGAAGGAACCAUUAGCCCACACAGUAAGAUGGACAAAUUGGUGAAAAUUGAUCCUUUCAGAGGAAGUUGGGGACUACGGUUUCUUGAACUAGAGUUGUCUAAUCCAACUGAUGUCGUCUUUGAUAUUAGUGUUUCCGUCCAGUUAGAAAACUCCACCAAUGAGGAUAGGAUUUCUGUUCAUAAAGAUACUUCUGAGUGUGGUUAUCCUAAUACAAGAAUUGACAGGGAUUGCUCUGCGAGGGUACUAAUACCCCUGGAUCAUUUUAAAUUACCAAUUCUUGAUGAUUCCUUUUUUGUGAAGGAUAGUCAAGCAGACGGGCCUAACAGUGGCAGAAGUUCUAGCUUUUCAGAAAAGAAUACUAAGGCUGAACUGAAUGCUUCAAUCAAGAACCUCAUAUCUAGAAUAAAAGUGCGGUGGCAGUCAGGGCGAAAUAGCUCUGGAGAAUUAAAUAUCAAGGAUGCUAUACAAGCAGCUCUCCAAACAUCUGUUAUGGACGUGCUUCUGCCUGACCCCUUGACAUUUGGUUUCAGGCUUCUUAGGAAUGGCUUUGAACCUGAAAAACUAGGUCUGCACAAAGAAUCAAAUAUUCAAGUUUCCUCUUCGGAAUCUAAAGGUUCUGUAAUGGCUCUUGACAUGACCCCUAUGGAAGUUAUGGUUCGUAAUAACACCAAAGACAUGAUCAAGAUGAACCUUAGCAUUACAUGCAGGGAUGUAGCUGGGCAGAACUGCGUUGAAGGUGCCAAAGCAACCGUGUUAUGGGCUGGUGUUUUGAAUGGAAUCACCAUGGAGGUUCCUCCGCUCCAGGAAAUUAAGCAUUCUUUCUCUCUGUAUUUUCUGGUACCGGGUGAGUAUACACUGGUGGCUGCUGCUAUGAUUGAUGAUCCCAAUGACAUUCUUAGGGCCCGUGCAAGAACUGAUUUGCCUGAUGAGCCAAUCUUCUGUCGUGGACCUCCAUAUCACGUCCGAGUUGUUGGAAAUGCAUGAAUUUCUCGUUACCAACAAUAUCAAGUGGAUUAUCUAAUAUUGGAUUCUUUUAGAUUAUUAGAGGAAUGCAGCUCAAAUUAGACAGAAAAAAAACAAAAA